AUCCGAUUGGCUGCGAGAAUCUUCCAAGUCUGGUCUCUCACCGGCUGCUCCCGACCCAAAGUGCUCACUCCGUCUCUGUCGAACUGCGAGGAAACAGGUCGUCAUGCUGAGGAGCGGCGCGAACAGAAACAUGCAUCAGGGGGAGGAGGUGAGGCUGCGCAGCGGGAGUCUGGCUCGCGAGAGGAAGCACCUUGCCUUGUGCAUCAAUAACAAGGAAGAAGUGAAGAGCUAUCAUCGCUGCUGCAGCCACAGCGGAGGGCCAGCACUUCAGAAGAUUGAGAGAAGUGAGGAGGACAACAAAAGCUCGUCUCACCGAGAGCAGCGACAGCACUUGGAGAUCAAGGCCACUAUCAUCCAGCGGGCCUGGCGAGCCAGUAUGUCCCGUAAGCUGGGCCCAGAGGUCCCAGACGAGAACCGGACCAGACACGGAUGGGAAGAGACCAGGACCUCAGAGAAACUCCUCAACCCUGUGGUGACUUCAGAUAUUUUCCCGGAUCAACUGAAGAACCUCCAGAGAGGCUACAAGCAUGUUAACGAUGAAGCUCUCCAGCUGCAGAGUAAUCAUCUGACUAUGGACCUAGACAACAACAUCAAUAUCAACCUGCCGCCUAUGGAGACCAAAGUGUUGAUCAUCCAGCGGGCGUGGCGAGACUUUCUGCAGAGACAAGAAGUGGAGAAACGGAGCCCAUCCCCACCUUCACUCUCCUCCUCUGACAAGAUGAGCAUGUCGAUCAGCAUGAUGACCCUGUCAGAUGGCAGCACCCCCGAUUAUCGAGAGGAUGGCAUGGACCUGGGGAGCGACGCAUCCAGUCGCUCCAGCUCAGAGUCCAACUCCAACAAGGUCACACCCUGCUCUCCUUCUCUUGACCUUGCCAAUCUGGAGGACUACAAAUCCUCCCCGUCCCCAGAUCUGGGCACUCUAGAUGACUACGAGGAGGAUGAGGACUACCAGGAGUACAAGAAGAAGGUGAUGGAGGAGUGGGAGAGUGAGUACGGCGAGGAAUACACCUCCCCGCAGCCCCCUGGUCAAGACAAAAGCAAAGAGAGUGCCGUGAUCGGUAGCGGGCUAAAAGAAGGCUACAGGAAGUCGGCAAAUGCUCUAAGCCUCGCCGAAGAAUUCCAGGAUGUGAAGACGGUCCCGCCCCUGCCGGCCCCCGCAGGACGCACCGCCACCGCCGCGGCAACUUUCCCAGAUGAACUGAAGCAGAAUGGGAAUUUGAUUCUGCACCAGAGCAACCAGCUCCACUCCUCCAGCACAGCUGAGGGAGGACCAGAGACUCCCAAAGCUGCCCACCGCAGCUGCGGUAAGGGCAGGGGGAGCCGCAGCAGUGGCAGGGGUGCUGAUGGUGGCGGAGCAGGAGAUGGUGGAGGAGGAGGAAGUGGAGGAACUGGGGGUCCGAUGCGGGAGUACAGAGAGGAGGAGCAGAGCGUAGAGGAGGAACCCCUGCCCACGAUGGAUUGGGCGGCCCUGGAGAGACACCUGGCCGGUCUGCAGUGCAGAGAGCAAGAGAACCAAAACCUGAACCACAACCAGAACCACAACAUGGGCAAGACCAAUUACACCUCGGCCCAGAAGAAUGAGAGGGAAUCAAUCAGGCAGAAGCUGGCCCUGGGUAGUUUCUUCGACGAUGGCCCGGGCAUCUACACGAGCUGCAGCAAGAGCGGCAAACCCAGUCUGUCCUCACGGCUGCAGAGCGGCAUGAACCUGCAGAUCUGUUUUGUCAAUGACAGCGGCAGCGACAAGGACAGCGAUGCGGAUGACAGCAAGACGGAGACCAGCCUGGACACACCCCUGUCCCCCAUGUCCAAGCAGAGCUCCUCCUACUCGGACAGGGACACCACGGAGGACGACUCGGAGUCCCUGGAGGACAUGGACUUUUUGAGUCGGCAGAAGAAGCUGCAGGCGGAGGCCAAGCUGGCCCUGGCGAUGGCCAAGCCCAUGGCCAAGAUGCAGGUGGAGGUGGAGAAACAGAACCGCAAAAAGUCGCCAGUGGCCGACCUGCUUCCACACAUGCCUCAUAUCAGCGAGUGUCUAAUGAAAAGAAGCCUGAAACCCACCGACUUGAGAGACAUGACGCUGGGGCAGCUUCAGGUUAUAGUCAACGACCUGCAUUCCCAGAUUGAAAGUCUGAAUGAGGAGCUUGUACAGUUGCUACUGAUUCGGGAUGAGCUUCAUAUGGAGCAAGACGCCAUGCUGGUUGACAUUGAGGACCUCACCAGGCAUGCUGAGAGCCAGCAGAAACAUUUGGCUGAGAGGACCCUGUCCAAAUAAGACGCCCGUCCUUUUCCCUGUCUCCGCUCCCGUCUGUUUCCCUUCUGCCGAGAUGAAACCUUUCCUCCCUGGAUCACUUCCUCUGCACCCCGUGUCUAUCCAAAACCUCCCUGCCUGCCCCAAGUAUUUUUGCUCCUUCCUCCCCCCACACUUCCCUGCCUUCUACCAACUCACUGACUUCACUGGUAGCAACAUCACAGAAGAAGAAAAAAAAAGACGAAGAAAAAAACAAAAACACUCUCUUUUAACUGCUUCUCCCGGCGCCGAAGGAUGGAGCAGCGCGUCCUGCUUCCUGGGAGAAGAGGAGAACCGAUCGUGUGUCGUCAUAGAUUCUUUCCCCCAGCUUCCUGUGCAGUCGUCGGCCUUGCUUUGCUACUGUUUCUUUUCGACUUUCUACAUUCGCCACUAAAUUAUACCUGUUCAGAUGCAAAAAAAGAUAAAAAUGUUAAAAAAAAAAAAAGUGUGGAAAAAAAAUCAAAUAAUAGUUCAAACUUUAGUAGAAAGUCAAUCAUGAAAAGAAAAAAAAACAAAGAAAAACACUGUAUGACGAGAAAACUGAAAACGAAUUUCUUCAGAACAUUUUUAAGUUGGACUCAAAAAGUUGAACCGUUUUUAUUCUGCACAAAUGGUAGUUUUCAACUGAGAAACAUUUGUCCGAAGGUGCUAAAAACGAGUGUAAAGGAAACAUGCCUGCUUUGUAGUGGAGUCGUAGACUGGUAACACGUUCACUCUGAAUUGCUCUAUCAGCAUUUUGUGAAUGUUGAUUCUUUCUGACAUGAGUCAUUUCAAAUGAAUAAGUGUGUUUAAUAUCAUUUUCAUCCUGCUGUAUUCAGAUGCUUUAUUUGAGAGAAAGAAAUGUUUAUGUACAGAAAUGUAAAAUAAAGAAUAAACUUGGUUUCGUA